CGCUCCGUCAGACACCCGGAGAGCGUUACGCGAGCGCCACAAGCCAGGGUGUGCGCCGCCAGAAGCCGUUACGGGGAGACCGGCGACUGCGGGGAGCGUCCUGCCUCGAGACGACGGUGGUGCUAAGGACACCGCAACAGCGACGACGGCAGAGACGAGCUCAUGUCGGAGGGUUAGUCAGUGUUUACAGAUCUCAGGUGUGAACAUGGGACCCACAGGUGCUACGACUACGCAAGUACUUGUGGACUGACACGCUGCUAGCCGCUCACAUCUCAGGUGAGGUGGAGGGUCCAGGUGAGACGUCACGGUGUCCGAGGAGGAUUCUGCGCUCACACCUGCGCCUGUGGCAAGUUGUGUCAGUUGUAACUCGCUACCUCGCCUGCAAGGUCCCCCUGAUACCGCUGAGCCAUGGAGGACGCCAGGAGGCGGGCCGCCGACGAAAAGGUUCUGAGGAUCGACCACAGCGAUGUUUAUUUGGAGAACGACCGCCUGUCGGAGGAGCUGGGCAAGUCACUGGACACAAUCUUUCGCGCCAAGCAUCGCACAGUCAUCAAUCACGUGUAUGAAAUGAGGCAGCUGCGUCGGUCCCUGAAUGCGGCGGCCUCGAGGAACCCCAGAACCAUCUCCUCCGUAACGGCGCUGCGACCGCACACGUCCCCCAUGUACAUCCGCACGCGCGCACCCCGGGUGGUCAAGCUGGACGUGCACGUCCCCAGCGCCCACGCCCACGCAGACAGUGUGGUUGGCGGGGGCAGCCACCCGCACAGCAGGCCUAACACCCACGAGCGAGCAGGAGUAGCAACAACGUCAGCGACGACGACGACGACGACAACGACGAGGAUGAGGAUGAAGAAAGCGAAGACAACAGUGAUGAUGUCGCAGACGAAAAGGCUGCGGGACGAGUGUCGCGAAGUGUCCUGUCUGGUCAUGCGGCAGGAAGAAGUGGACUGUCAACGAAAGACCAGACUCCUGAAACACCCGUACCCAAGAAAGUCAGCAAGUGAGGAACUAACCUCUUGUCCUCCUAGCAGCUGUUACCGUUGCAUCUUCUUGCUUUUGUAAAGCGUGCAGUUUGCCUG